AUGUGUGCAAAGAAGAUUGUUGGUGUUUUGGGAGCCACUGGCUCUGUUGGUCAAAGAUUCAUCUUGCUCCUGGCUGACCACCCAGAUUUUGAGUUGAAGGUCCUAGGUGCUUCUCCCAGAUCAGCUGGCAAGAAAUACGUGGACGCUGUAAACUGGAAGCAGACUGAUCUUUUGCCCGAGUUCGCCAAAGAUAUCGUGGUUACCGAAUGUAAGGCCGAGGCUUUCAAGGACUGCGCUGUGGUGUUCUCUGGCUUAGACGCCGACUUUGCCGGAUCUAUCGAGAAGGAAUUCAAGGAGGCAGGUUUGGCUGUUGUUUCCAACGCCAAGAACUACCGUCGCGAAGCCGAUGUUCCAUUAGUCGUCCCUAUCGUCAACCCAGAGCAUUUGGAGCUCGUCGGCCAGAAGGUCGAACUUGCCAAGAAAUCUGGCGCUGCCAGACCCGGCUUCAUCGUUUGUAUCUCAAACUGUUCCACUGCUGGUCUUGUUGCCCCUCUCAAGCCUUUAGUCGACAGCUUCGGCCCAAUCGAUUUGUUGACCACCACCACUUUGCAAGCUAUCUCUGGUGCUGGUUUCUCCCCAGGUGUCUCUGGUAUUGAUGUGCUCGACAACAUCGUUCCUUACAUUGGCGGUGAAGAGGACAAGAUGGAAUGGGAAACAAAAAAGAUCUUGGGUGCGCUUUCCAAGGACAAGUCUGCUGUUGACAUCCUUUCUGAUGAAGAAAUGAAGGUCUCUGCUCAGUGCAACAGAGUGGCUGUUUCGGACGGUCACACUGAAUGUAUUUCUUUGAGAUUCAAAAACCAACCUCCACCAUCUCUAGAGCAGGUGAAACAAAGCCUACGCGAAUACGUUUGCGACGCAUUCAAGCUUGGUUGCCACUCCGCCCCAAAACAAACCAUUCACGUCCUAGAACAAAAUGACAGACCUCAACCAAGGCUAGAUAGGAACAGAGACAACGGAUACGGCGUCAGUGUCGGAAGAGUCAGAGAAGACCCUGUUCUAGACUACAAAAUGGUUGUCUUGUCCCACAACACAGUGAUUGGUGCUGCUGGUGCUGGUAUCUUGAUCGCAGAAAUUCUGCUUGCCAAGAACUACAUUUAA